CGAGCUCGUAAUAUGGCUACUCAGUGUUCAUUGUGUCACUGUGGUGUCAACAAAUCAAGUAACACUUUAUAAUUUGCGGUCAAUUAAUUGAACGUCGAAGUGCCGUCGCUGCAAAAUAAUGUCACUACGACACAUGAAAAAUGUACUACCCGUCAUUCGACAAAUCCCCACACAGAGACACUUUCAUGCGAGUGCGGUCGUCAACAAAACCCAGUCUGGACGUUACAAAGUCACAAUCAACAGAGACAAGCCACUGACGUAUGAAAUGGCAUGUCCGCCUCAUUUUAUUGCCCAUAAGAAGUCUUGGAAUGCUUGGAACACCUCAAACAUUAAGGAUGGCAACAGACCUUCUGAAACAACUAUAGAGGAUAUGUUCAUUCGACAUUUCAUGAGGGGUACUUGGCACAAUUUGUUCGCAACUGAAGUUAUCAUUAAACGACAGCACAAUAUCAUUAGGAUAGCUGGAAUAAUCAGUCGCACCAUAGCACCCACCAAAAUAUAUUUUUUAACUGGUUAUACGGAAGAGUUCCUGAGUUAUUGGCUGCAAUGUCCCGUCAAAAUAGAACUGGUAACCACUAAUAGAAAGGAAGAUUUAAUAUUUAAGUACAUAUAAAAUGUGUAAAUAAUGUAAAUUAGAUUGUACUAUUGCAAUAUAUCAUUUGUACUGUUACAAUUGACUUUGCACGGUACAAAAUAAAUUUUAACAUGAUGUGUCACAUGA